UCUAAAAUUUGUGACCACAAGGAAAUGUCCUGCAGCGAUUAAAGACUUUUUUAAUUAAGUCAAUUUCCAUAUUUGCAGUUCUUAAGCUAAAAUAUAAUGCAGAGAAACAUACUCCCAGGAAAGAAAAAAAAUGGGCAAUUAUGCACUUUCAGCUUUGCUUUCGUUAAUCUUGAGCCUGUUCAUGUGUUUUAUCGAAGUUUUUCCAAAUCUUCUUUACACAUUUUGCUCAGACAAUUCAAACAACUACACAAGUAACAGCACAUUUGAAAACAACCUUAAGCGGAUUCUUGAGUCAUUACCUUCCAAUACUUCAGGUACAGGCUUCUAUAGCACCUCGAUUAGAGAUGGUGCUGAUCAAGUCUACGCUCGAGCGCUUUGCCGAGGAGAUGUCACCACUAUGUUAUGCCAAAAUUGCAUAAAAAAUGCUAGCCAAGAAAUCCUGAACCUGUGCAAAACUGAAGAAGCUAUUGUCUGGUACGAUCUCUGUCAGGUUCAGUACUCAUUUCAGAACAGUUCUUUGAUGGUUUAUACUGGAAAGUACCCAUACUCAAACAAUCAGGAGAAAAAUAUAUCACAUCCUGGUAAUUUCGAUGAUGUAUUAACGUUUUUAAUGAAUAGCAUCUCAACGGAUGCAGCAUCUGUUUCCAAGCUCAUGUUUGGAUUUGGAGAAGUGAAGUUUAAUAAGAAGGAAACAAUAUAUGGUCUUGUUCAGUGCACCAGGGACAUUUCUGGCAGUAAUUGUCGAAAUUGUUUAGAUUCAGCCCUUAAAGAUCUUCACGGCUGCUGCAAUUCUCGUACAGGCGGAACUGUUCUCAGCAGGAAUUGUAACGUGAGAUUCCAAUUGUACCACUUCUAUAAUGCCUCAAGUUCUCCAUUAAUAUACCCAUUAUCUACAGGGGAUAAAUGGAGCAGCGGGAUGAUUACGGUAGUUAUAUGUGCAACAGCAUUGGUUCUUGCUCUUCUCAUUGGCUCUAGUGUUGUCUAUUAUCGAAGGAAGAAAGGGACACAAAACGAAGUAAUCAUUACACAAGAAGGCGAGUUGGUAACUUGUCAAGAGUUUCCCUUCCUUAAUUUAGCUACUAUAAUGGCAGCUACAGAUAAUUUCUCAGAGUCCAACAGGCUCGGACAAGGUGGCUUUGGUACAGUUUACAAGGGUGUCCUACCGAAUGGGAAGGAAGUGGCAGUUAAAAGGCUGUCAAGGAGAUCAUGGCAAGGCUUAGAAGAAUUGAAGAAUGAAGUCAUAUUAAUUGCAAAACUUCAACAUAGGAACCUUGUAAGGCUAGUGGGAUGUGGAAUAGAAGGUGAGGAAAAGCUGCUCAUAUACGAGCUUAUGCCAAACAAAAGCCUUGAUUUCUUCAUCUUUGAUUCGGAGAAACGCUCACAACUUGAUUGGAAGACAUGGUAUGACAUUAUUAAUGCAAUCGCUAGAGGACUUCUUUAUCUUCACGAGGACUCCCGACUUAAAAUCAUUCACAGAGAUCUAAAACCCAGCAAUGUAUUGUUGGAUCAAGACAUGGUUGCCAAAAUAUCAGAUUUUGGCAUGGCAAGAAUUUUUUGUGAAAAUCAGAACUCAGCUAACACUAAAAGAGUUGUGGGAACAUUUGGAUACAUGGCUCCAGAAUAUGCGAUGGAGGGAUUAUUUUCAGUGAAAUCAGAUGUUUUCAGCUUUGGCGUGAUAGUGCUAGAGAUUCUUUCCGGGAAAAAGAAUAGUGGCUUUUGCCAAACGGAACAUGCCCAGACACUUCUUGCAUAUGCCUGGCGAAUGUGGAAAGAAGGAAAAGAACUGGAACUAGUGGACCCUUGUUUGAUGGAAUCAUGCUCAAAUCCAGAAAUCAAGAGGUGCACACAUAUCGGGCUUUUAUGCGUGCAGGAAGAUCCAGCAGACAGACCCACCAUGUCUGAUAUAGUGGCUAUCUUAGGAAGUGAUACCGUUGCUCUUCCUGAACCAAAAAGACCUGCAUUUUAUGUUGGCAGAUUGAAUCCAAUCGAUCAGUCUUCAACAACAGAUCCAUCAAUAAACCAGAUUAUCGAUGCUCUCAUUGUCACUUCCAUUCCACCAUAGUCAAUUCUUAUCGAGAUCUCUUCUUCUCUUAAGGGGUUUCCAAUUUGUCAUUUUUUUUUAGAGUUGAGUUACUCUCAGCUAUAGUUCCACCUUAAAAUCUUGGUAUUUCUCACGAGUUAAAGUCUUCUUACUAGAAAGAUUCUUAUGAGGAAUGUUUCAAAAAGGAACAAAAAGAAAGGAGUACCUCAAUUAGAGAAAGU